AGACACACCACAAAAAUAUCUAAGAGCUUCUUCUAGGGCUUCGAGGCGACAACAGCUUCCAACUAGUUCACUUUUAUCACUGCACAGGAAACAUGAAGCCAGUCUUCUGUGGGAACUUUGAGUAUGAUGCGCGUGAGGGUGAUCUUGAAAGGCUAUUCAGGAAAUACGGAAGGGUUGAAAGAGUUGAUAUGAAAGCUGGGUUUGCGUUCAUAUACAUGGAAGAUGAGAGGGAUGCUGAAGAUGCCAUCCGAGCUCUUGACCGCUUUGAAUUUGGACGUAAGGGUCGCAGACUCCGUGUUGAGUGGACAAAGGGUGAGCGUGGAGGUGAUAGAAGAUCUGGUGGUGGUUCAAGGAGAUCCUCAUCUAUGAGACCUUCCAAGACUCUGUUUGUGAUAAACUUUGACGCGGAUAAUACAAGGACCCGGGAUCUAGAGAGACACUUUGAACCAUAUGGCAAAAUUGUGAACGUUAGGAUCAGGAGAAACUUUGCAUUUAUCCAAUACGAAGAACAAGAGGAUGCCACUAGAGCACUUGAUGCUACAAAUAACAGUAAGCUGAUGGAUAAGGUGAUCUCGGUGGAGUAUGCAAUGAAGGAUGAUGAUGCAAGAGGGAACGGACACAGUCCCGAAAGACGCCGUGAUAGGUCACCAGAAAGGAGAAGACGAUCACCUAGUCCUUACAAAAGAGAAAGAGGGAGCCCUGACUACGGCCGAGGAGCUAGCCCCGUUGCUGCUUACAAAAGGGAAAGGACCAGUCCUGACUAUGGCAGAAGACGUAGUCCAAGUCCUUACAAGAGAACAAGGCGUAGUAGUCCCGAGUAUGGUCGCGACCGCCAAAGAGGCGUUGAGAGCCCUCGGAGGAGGGAAAGAGUUGCAAGUCCCAGGUACAGCCGCAGUCCCGAUGGCAAGAGAGAGAGGCUGAGCCCUGAUCACAGCCCGUUUAAGAAGGAAAGCUCGAAGAAUGGUGGUGGUGAAGUUGAUAGCCCAAAGGAUAGGAGGGAGAGAUCAAGGUCUAGCCCUGAGAAUGGUCAAGUUGAGAGCCCUGGCUCUAUUGGGAGAAGGGACAGUGAUGGUGGCUAUGAUGGUGCAGAAAGCCCGAUGCAGAAGAGCCGUUCUCGUUCGCCUUUAGCUGAAGAGUGAAGGAAAGUGGAUCCAACCAUCUCUAGCAAAGCAGGAUGUUGUAACUGUUCUGUAGUCAAACUCUGUGUGUCAUUAUUAGUUUCUUUGCCUUUUGAUUGAUACAUUCGAACUCGGAUCUCUUGUUUUGUCGGAUUGAAACACUCUUAUUGUGUGCUUAAAAUGUGUCGUGUUACUGAAUUAUUCGUUUAUAAUCGUAUCUCAGUUGGAGACCA